AUGGCGUCCCCCGGACACCCUGGCGCUGUUCUGGUCCCUCGGUGCCCCGUCAUUUUCAAUGGCACCAAUUGGGGCGAUUUUGUUUUCCAUAUGGAGGUCCACAUGGAUGGGCAGCUGCUGUGGGGCUACCUCACGGAUGCUGAUGAUGAUGCCAAGAAUGCUUUACUUGAGGCAUUUGAGGCUGAGAUGGAGAGCUACCAGUCUGAUCUUGGUGUCUAUGAGACUUGGCUGCGCGAGAAAAAAUCUGCUAAGGCCAUCUUACUUGCGAGCAUGGAGCCCUCUGUCCUAGCAGCCACACCUCCCCAGGUCUCUCUGCCUCCGUCUCAACCCUCUCCUGUGGUGAUGGGGGCACCUUCUGGUAUUCAGUGUGGCUACUACAAGAUCUAUGGUCAUGAGGAGAAGGAUUGUCGCAAGAAGCAGCGCGACCGAUCAGGGCGUCGUGGCAGACGCUCUUUUCAGGGCUCUGGUGGUUCCUCUACUUCACAGAGCACUCGUUCCGUGUCUGCAGCGGAGCAGGAGGUUCUUGCCCUGUUUCAUCGCCUCACUACUACAGCUCAGGCCUCCGGCCAUGGGACUACAGCUCAGGCUUCUAGUUCCACUCCUCCUCCGUCAGGUAUAUCAUCCCCAUGGUUCCUCGACUCUGGUGCCUCUUUUCAUAUGACACCUCAUGCAACACACUUGUCCUCUCUAUCUUCCCCCGAUCCACCUAUUUCUGUUCGCACCGCAGAUGGCACGGGAGAGGUGUUCUUUCGACCUCUUCGUUUAAUAUUCCUACUGUUUCGCAUGUUCCCAAACUCACUAUGCAACUCUUGUCUGCGGGUCAAAUCACUGAUCAUGGUUGUCGCAUAA